CGCUGUUGCCCAGGCACAAACAGGGAUGGCAGGAGCCCAGGGGAAGGAUGUGGGGGUUUGUGCUGGUAGAGCAGGCCAGAGGGGAAGUUUGCUGGGUCAGCAACUCCUCUGAGCUGGAAGAAAAAUUAUUCCUGCCCCCUGCCAGUACUUCAUGCAGAUCCAAAAUACAGUUCCCAGAACUGUUCCUACAUAUGUUAUCAAGAAGGCAACUGUCUGCAUAUUUUGCUGCAAGAAAGUAUGGCAACUGAUGUGGCACUGAGCAGUGAGCCUGAGGUAGUGGAUGUCCUGAAGGGAAUGCUGUGAAGUACAGCGCUGAGGGGCUUAAUCUGCCGACUGCCAGGAAGCAGGUUAUGCUUCCUGUCUCCGAGGAAGCCUGCAGACAUGAUCCAGGACUGGAAACAGGUAGAGUACCAGCCGCAGGGCUGGGGUCCUGCGGUGCAGAGCCCUUCGUUACAGCAUCCUCAUUGCCGGAACAGCGAGCUGGGAAAACUACAGUUCCCAUCACCCUUUUGUGCAUGAACCUGCGAAACUACAGUUCCCAGAACCUUUUAAUGAGCCAGAGAGGAUGUCUGUGGAAAGAAAUGCCGACGAUUUUUGCAUAACACCCUGCACCUCCGGAGUGCUGACCGGCCCAUGGUCUGUGAAAACGGGAACAGGGGAAAAGCCAGGGAGUGUUAGCUCUGCGGAGCUGACGCUUUGCCCGCCCCAACAGCCGCAGUGAUAUCCUCCAGCGCCGAGCAACCUUCCUCCUCUCAGGACUCCCUUGGUAGUCACAGGGAAGAUCCUGGUCCCCGGGAAACACGGCUGCUGCGGAGGGAGAGGCAGAUAAACUACAGAUCCCGGCAUUCUCCGACAGGCAGCACCUGCGGCAGUCCCUGCACGCCGUGGGGGAGGUGGGGGUGAGGAUGAGGAUGGAGGGCAGGGAGGAGAUGCAGGACGCUGUGGGGCUACGCUGCACUUGGGACAUUCCGCCACCCGCUGGCACCCAGGCCAAGUGGGUGAGGCUCAAUGUGGGGGGCACCGUCUUCCUCACCACCAGGCAGACCCUGUGUCGGGAGCAGAAAUCUUUCCUGUGUCGUUUGUGCCAGGGCGAGGAGCUGCAGUCGGACCGGGAUGAAACUGGUGCAUACCUAAUAGAUCGGGACCCCACUUACUUUGGACCGAUUCUGAAUUUCCUCCGUCAUGGGAAGCUGGUCCUGGAUAAAGAUAUGGCUGAAGAGGGGAUCCUUGAAGAAGCUGAGUUCUAUAACAUUGGUCCUUUGAUCCGAAUAAUCAAGGAUCGAAUGGAGGAGAAGGACUACACAGUAACACAGGUGCCUCCUAAGCAUGUCUACCGUGUGCUGCAGUGCCAGGAAGAGGAGCUCACUCAGAUGGUUUCCACUAUGUCAGAUGGAUGGCGCUUUGAGCAGCUUGUGAACAUUGGCUCAUCCUAUAAUUAUGGGAAUGAGGAUCAGACAGAAUUCCUGUGCGUGGUCUCCAAGGAGUUGUACAACUCCCCCAAUGGCCUGAGCUCUGAGCCCAGCCACAAAGCCAAGAACACAGAGGAGGACCUGGAGGAGGAAGAGCAGGAGGUGGAGGAGGAGGCAGAGGCAGAAGCAGAAGCAGAGGAGAAAGACUGUCCAUCUAUUCGGGAUUGUGCUAAACUCUCUUCCUGCGGACCCUCCCUCCUGCUCCCUUCCGUGUCCAUCCCAGCACUGUCAUCUACCUCCCACAUUGCCCCACUCGCCAGCCUCCAGCAUCCUUCCCUCUGCUCUCUUUGUCCCUCAGGGCUCAGAGUGGUCUCUGCCCAGGGCCCUGUUUCUCUCUGCUCCUCACUUUUCCUCCUCUGCAGGUAUGUUACCUGUCUGCACUCCCAGCUCCUGCCAGCCUGAGCUCUGCAUGAGUGACUCACUUCCCACUUGUGGCUGUUACAAGCCAGAGAUCUGAGGAUGUGAUCUGAACACUCUACUCCAGCCUUUUCGUUUUUUGUUUAUAUCUUUAUUUUUGUACUGCAGUGUAUGGCAGCCCCUUGUCCCACAGUGACGCCCCCGGCCCCCUUCACUCUUCACAUGCAGCCAUUUUUUUUACAAACUCACCUCGGAGGCUGAGCUUCCAGCCCUGGAGGAGGGCAGAUGCUCCAUAGAGCUCCUGAGCUGCUGUAGGAGCGGGAGCCCACAGCCCCCUCCUAUGCCUGGCAGUUCGGCUUUCCUUAAUGUCACAGUGGCCCCUGGUGGGGACAUCAGCGAUCAGCCACUGCAGCCUGCGGUCCUUUUCUGAGCACCCUGGAUGCAAUUGCGGACCGAGGUGGUGGCAGCUGUGGAAGGACCAGCCCUUGCCCUUUCACUGUUGCAGGCAACUGGUGUGGGCUUGUGGCCUGGGGACAAAUGCAAAGCCACCGUCCUUUUCUGGGCUACCUGUAUCGCUCGGAGGUGUCCCUGUGCUGGGUAUCACGUUCCUUGGUGCCUCCCUCCCUGUCCCCCAAAGCAGCUCUGUGCCAGCAGUGUGAGGAGGAGAAUGAUGUGCUGCCUGGGUACCAGGAACAUGCUGAUAUUCUGUCAGCCACCACCACGUAGAUCCCAGUUUUGGGGAGAGGGGUGUUUGCUUCACUGCUGUGUCUGAAGACUCCUGAAUAAAAUUCACAGUCUGUUCCUC